AUGCUGAUGGCAACCAUGGACGUUAGCUGAAACAAUCCAACUUAUUUUGCAGCAGCUUCGAUUAUUUAGAAGUUGACUGGCCAGAAGUUAAAUGCACCGAAAGGUGUUUGAAAGUACCGUUGGCUUCAGCACUCUCCUGAAGUGGUGUACUCUAUUAUUUAUCACAUUGAUAAACUGUAAGUGCUGUCAUCAUGCCUAUCCAGCCACCACAGUGGACAGAGUUCCUCUCCUGUCCCGUUUGCUACAAGAAGUUUAAUGACUCCGUGGAGCUACCAAUAAGCCUUGGCUGCGGGCACACCGUCUGCAAAGUCUGUCUCUCAAAGCUACAUCAGAAGAAAUGUCCAUUUGACCAGACCCUAAUUUCUCGCUCCAUUGAAGAGCUCCCGGUGAAUUUGGCACUCCUCCAAUUAGCGGGCGCCACAAUUCCUGAACAGGACAUCAUCAGUAUCAGCAGCAUAUCAGAAAACUUCAAGUAUUAUGACUCUGCGAGAAGAUGUGUAGGGGAUCUGGCUGCACAUCUCAAGUGUUUGGCUACAGGAAUAGGCCAGCUAAACAGCUUACUGAGUCGCCCAAUGCAGCGUAAGCUCGUGACCUUGAUCAAUUGUCAGCUUGUAGAGGAGGAAGGUCGCUCGCGCGCCAUGAGAUCUGCACGGUCGUUGGGAGAGCGCUCUGUUACUGAGCUUAUCCUUCAGCACCAGAACCCUACUCAGCUCUCCACCAACCUCUGGGCGGCCAUUAGAGCAAGAGGAUGUCAGUUCCUAGGGCCAGCUAUGCAGGAGGAAGUCCUCAAAUUGAUCCUCCUAGCCUUGGAGGAUGGCUCUCCUUUAUCCAGGAAAGUCCUCGUUCUCUUUGUGGUUCAGCGGUUGGAGAGCCAGUACCCACAAGCCUCGAAAACUGCCAUUGGUCAUGUGGUUCAGCUCCUCUACAGGGCAUCCUGCUUCAAGGUAACCAAGCGAGAGGAAGAAUCUUCAUUAAUGCAGCUGAAAGAAGACUGGACAUACGAGUUGCUCCGACGUGAGCACGACUCACAGGUGGUGCAGAUUGCUACGGAGGCGGGGUUACGCAUCGCGCCAGAGCAAUGGUCGUCUCUGUUGUAUGGAGACGCCGCCCAUAAAUCUCAUAUGCAGUCCAUCAUUGACAAGUUGCAGACACCUCAGUCAUUUGCACAAAGUGUUAAUGAGCUGGUCAUCGCCCUACAGAGGACCGGUGACCUGGGUAACUUAGCACGUCUCUGUCCCCACCUCGAGCUCCUGGCCAACGUAGACCCUUCCCCAGAUGCACCACCUCCCACCUGGGAAAACCUGGAGGCAGUGCUCAAGGCAGUGCGGACAAGUUGUGCAGGGCUUGUGGACUUCCUCCACUUCCACAGUCAGAAGAAGCCAGAACUACCAGCACUCCACAGCACUAAGUACAAGACCAGUCUGUGCCGGGACUUCGCCCAGAAGAGCUCCUGCCCCAGGGGAGCUAACUGUACUUUUGCCCACUCACAGGAGGAGCUGGAAAGAGCAAGAGGUCGUAACAAAAAGAGUGGUGUUAAGCCAGGGCUGUUAAUCCCUCCGGCCCUGCCAAGCCAGAUGUCAGUCCAAGAUGGGGGAGAGCUCAGAGAGGCCACCAGGAGUCCUAACAUCAUGAGGUCCGUCAGGGGCUUUGGGGCGACAAGAAGCGAGAGUCAGGAUCUCACCGUAGACGGGGAGAUUGACAGCGGCCCUGCCGAACCCAUGCUGACCCACAGUGUAGCAUCAACGGCCUCUCCCCUGCCCCCCAUGAUCGCCCCGCCCUCCGUGAUGAGCUCGCGGGUGGGGCUGCCCAUGUACACAGGGGGGAUGCCGUAUCGUAACCCCACAGGGCCCCCGAGGGAUGAGUACGUCCCGGCUAACCUACAAACGCAGACUGUACCCAGUGUGUCACGCUACAACCACCAUCCAUACAUGGCAGAAGGGGUCUACUACCCACAGCAUGGUGUUUCAACGUUUCCUGCCAGCUUUACCACUGACGUACCUGGUCAGUACCCCGGAGGGGUCGGCUACCAUACACCCCCAUCCAGUCACAACCUUCACAAUGCUACUCAUUACAUGGGGUGUCUACGAGUCUCGCUACCCCAGUGGAGAAAACUGGGGUAUAAUGUAUUGAGGACAACUCCUGUUAAGGGCAUAGGAAACACCAAGACCCUGUUGUUCAAAAGUGCAUUAGCUGCUACACCUGAUAAUUUGAGGGGGUCCUCCGUGGCCGAGGCGAGUGACACGCCGGCACGGCACAAUGACCCAGGAGCCUCUGUGGCCGAGGGGCCUGGCCGUGAGAGUUUAGACGAUCUCCAUCAUCGCAGGAAAAAGAUCCUGGUCCACCUUAAUCGUGCUCCUACUCCUCUCCCCCCUACCCCCUCAGAGCCUCCCUGUGGGGUGGGGCCACCGCCAACACCCUCAACUGCCCCCCAGGGCAUCAAUCCCCCUGGAUUAUACAGACUCAAAUCUGUGCCGAUGUCAGAUUCAGGGAUUACGCUACCCUCCCUUGAGAGACGUCCACCGUCAUCCCAUGAACUGGCAAAGUCUGUCACCGACACGUACAACGCAUCCAGGUCCCUGUCAACACUUAGUCUGAGUUCUCAAGGAAGUUGUCCUAGGGAGGGCAUGGUCUAUACUCCAUGGUCGACAGGAGAGUCCUACACGCCCACCUCUGACAUUCUGGUUGACACUUCCACCAGAGGGUCCGCUGCGUACACUGAGAAGUACCCUGAAAUGGAAACAGAAGAAGAGUUUAACCUGUACAAGGAACUGUCCGAUCAGAUGAGAGAUGUCAAUGUGGAGAGUCCCAGCCCUGUGAUGUCCACAGCCUUGUCCAGUAGUCCCUCAGCCACAUCCACAGAGAGGAGUAUUCAUGGGUGUGCCAAGUCCUCAGCGUCUUCUUUGGACGACGCUUACUUCAUCCCGUUUGACCCACCAAUCGUGUCCAAAUAUGGUCCUAUAUCGAGAACAUCCAAAGCCAAACUGAAGAGUUCUGACCCUGUUUUAGUUACAGCAAAAAGUGAUUCGUACAUGGUUACUGCGGUGACAGCUGUCACCCCCACCACACGCCCAUACCCGGUCUCCGUGCAGACACCAUCCAGGUUUGCUGUAGAGAGUGUGCCCAGUCAGCUGUGUCCUAACGCAGAGCCGUUCACCAGCAGGGUGGCCAUGCCCCAAAUGCCACGACCCCAGGGGGAAACCAACAAUAAGUCUCAGCCUUACACCCUCUGGGAAAGUCGAGACAUGAUGUACCCUCCUCCCUCAGUGGGCAACCCCACGGUACAGGACAGGCUGAAGCAUGAAUUGGCCAUGGUGGAGCACCAGAUACACAUCAGAGAAAACUCAACCAGGAAACUGAGCGACAAGGAGAGGCUACAGUGUGAGCUACAGGCCAUAGAGAAACACAUAUCACUGCAAACGGGUAAACCUCCCAAUGCUUCUCUGGAAACAUCCACAAACCACACAAGAAGGCCUGCCUCUAGUAGUACAAGGGUUUGGCCAGCAAACAAGAAAAUAUUCACUAAAUCUGGGCCCGUCCUUGACCCGGAUAUUGACCUCAAUGCAGCCUUGACCCCUGAAGAGGAGCAGGAGCUCAACGACUUACAUCUGCUUGUGCAAACCAGUAAGAAGGACAAUGGCUGUGCAGAAAACCAGACUGGUACAUUUACCAGCAAAGAGACGCAAGAGCACUGAUGACACUGGAGUACAUAGAAACAAAACCUUUGUUGAAGAGUUGAUGUAUUAAAACAUGGGAAAAUGUGAAGUGUACAUUGAAACAAUGGGAGUUAAUAUGUCAGUUGUUAAAUGAUUUAUGCUUGACACAAGUAUAACCUAUGAUAUUAAUAUUUUUUGGCUUUUAAUUUGUGUCAGUGGAAUUUACAAAUUUUGCUGUGUGGCACAUAAUCUGUGUGUAUGCCGUCAAAUAGUGCUUUUUGUGUCAUUCAUAUGAGUGUUUGGCAUUUCUUAUGCAACUCUCAGCCGUACUUUAACACUGGUCGUGUUCGUCAAAUAAGUGUGACAGAAAUGACCAGUGUUGUUAGUUUUUUUUUUAUCCCCAGUGACAUGUACACAACUAUAUUGUGUGACUCUUAUUACCAGCAUGUAUCAUGCAACCAAAUUAGAUUGUAUUUGUAGUCAUUAGGUUUUACUUACAGGCUAGAAAAGCAUAAUUAAGCUUUAUCUGUCACAUACUGUAAAUGACCUUACAACAAAUCUUGUUAUGCUAUAUACCACAUUUGUUGUUAAUUACCACUUACGGAUGUACCAUUGCCGGGGUAUUCAUACCACAUAUGUUGCCUCAGUACCAUUUAUAUU